AUGAGGGUUGCGGAGGUGAAGAGGCAUUGUAGUCAUCUAGUGACUGAUAAUAUUUAUGAGAGCAAGCUAAAAAAGGAAGCUUGUUGGACUAUCUCAAAUAUCACUGCAGGAAACAAGGAGCAGAUUCAGGAGGCGAAGAAGGAAGCUGCUUGGGCUCUUUCCAAUCCUAUAUCUGGUGGAACUCUUGAACAGAUUAAGUUCUUGGAGAGCCAGGGUUGCAUAAUGACGAAGCCAUUGUGUGAUCUUUUGGUCUGUUCCGACCCGAAUCUAAUCCGUGCGUGCUUGACAGCUCUAGAAAACAUUUUGGAGGUUGGAGAAGUUGAGAAAAAUCUUGGUGACACAGGAAGUGUAAAUGUGUUUGCUAAGAUGAUUGAUGAAGCUAAUGGUAAGGAAAAGAUUGAAAAUCUCCCAAUCUGCAACGACAACGACAACAAAAUCUCAUUCUCAUAA